AUGGGCGGAGUAGAAAAUCUAGAUCACGAAGAUGAGGCACUGCGAAGAGCUAUCUUAGAGUCAUUACAGAAUCUAAAUGUUGGCGAAACUCAACCGCUGCCGACGAAGAAACCUUCAGUCCCUUCAAAAGCACAUCAUAAGAGUAAAGACAGGAAAAAUAAAGAUAAAAAGAGCAAGAAGAAAGAUGCUAAAAAGAGCGAUAAAUCGUCGUCUAACAAGAAGAAAUCCAGCAAGAAGAAAAAAGACUCCUCAAAGAAAACAAAAGACCUGCCGAAGCCCUCCACUGUUGCAAACGCUAGCGAAGCUAAUAAUGAUGCGGACCUUUUGAAUUUUGAAGACGUGAUUAAGGGAUUCAUGGAACAAAGUUCUCAUGAUGACCGCUCACCACCUCGUAGAACGAGCGGAGAUCAAAAUGGUUCGAACGGUAAUGAUGCGAAUGAUGCAGAAACUCAGGCACUUGUUGAAGCCACUCUACGUGCAUUCGAAAAUGAGCUCUUGUCGAGUUCAAAAGCUGCACCUAGCACAAAGCACAAGAGUACCCAUAAAAGCACUUCAACAAGAAGUAAGGCUGCCCCUACAAUGGCCAAGCCAUCUGAAAACAUAAUUCCUAUUUCACAGUCCCUACCAGUAGCAAAGACUAAGAAGACUAAAUCGAGUGAUCAUUCCAAGAAGAAGAAAAGCCUCAAGAAGAGUAACCGAUCAAAAGGUGAUUAUAACGAGGACGAUUUUUCGAAGGCUUUGGCAGAGAUGGUUAAUCAGGUUGUUAAUACAUCACUCUCAGACCUUCAACCUUCUGUUCCAGCAUAUCCUGACCUCGACAGUCGUAUCGUUCCCAUAACCCAGGAAUUGACAAACGCGCCUGCUUCGCAACUUGACAGUAUUCCGGCCUCAGCUUCUGACGUUCCGAUUGAGAACAUUGACACGGAUAGACCAAUCACACCCUCUAGGUUACAGAAGUCCACUACAUUUGGAUCCGAAGCUUUCGAUCCUUCAAAGGAGCUGCCCAGUACCAAGAGCACCGGAUCGAGUCAGCUACCACAAGAGCUACAAAGUUUUCAAAUUCCUGAUUUUCCAAGAUCGGCUCAAACCAAUGAACACUAUUCUGAUUUUCAAUUUCCUGAGAAGUCCACCGAUCCCAUGCCAGGGGCCGCGGAUGUUGACCCGCUCCUGUCUUUUCCUGAUGCCAAGCAGAGCUCUUCUGCUGAGGGUGUUGCUGAAACUAACGACAGCUUUGACUUAAAUCAAAUUAUGCAAAACGCUAUGGCGAUGGCCUUUCAGGGCCAAAUUGGUCAUCAAAUUAGCCAGUCUGCUCUCGAUGAUUUCAAUCAACAACUGCAAGGCUACAACGUGUCACAGCUAAUAGAAGGGACAGUUGGACCGACAAAAGCCAAAAAAAAGUCAUCCAAGAGGAAAUCGACUGGGGAAAAGAAGUCAAAGAGUUCCAAAGCCAAAGCUCUGAAUGGCAAGACUUCGUUAGAGAAGGUUCCCUCAGCGGUGCCAGUCAUUAAAUAUCCAAAAGUCAAGACUGUAAAAUCUAAGGAAACCAAAACUAAAUCUUUGAAGCCCAAAAUCAUCAAGACUAAAGCUCCAGAGACCAAAGCUAAGUCACUGAAGAAGACAAAAAGCAAGAAAAAGAAAGGAAUCUCGAGUCAGGAACUGAGUGCCGCUUUGCAUGCUAGUGCUGGCUCCAUACCGGAGCUUAUCGAGGAACUGCCGAAGGUUCUCGAUCUGCAUGGCCUUAGGAAACCUGGCCGACCCAGAAAAACUCCAACUCCCACUCCUGUUUCUAAUAAGUAUUGGAAGAAAAGGUACAAACUCGCUGCAGUAGCUGCAGCAGCAAAGGCUAGACGGCAAAGAAUGGAUAGAAACAAAGCACAAAGAAGCAAGGUUAAGGAGGAGCGUCACGCAAGGCGCCAAGAGAGACAUUUGAAGAAAGAAAUCGGCAAGUUGAAAGAAGAAGAGGAGAGAAAGGAGCUGGAAAUUAUAGUUGCGAAAGGUCCCCCAUACCCUCCAGAUUUACGUAUGACUAAAAAAGGGACCCCAAAAAAACCCUAUCGCCGGUAUACGGCAGAUGAAAUGAAGAGGCGUGAGCUAAUGCCCACAGGGCAUACUAACAGUAGGAUUAAAGAGGAAGUUCAGGAAAUGCCACACAAAGAGCUGACGGCGCUUUCUGCCUUGAAACAAAUUCCGUUAUUCAAUUUUGCUAGAGAUGAAGGCUCCACGAAGCUAAGAAGUAGGUUGAACGAUAUCGACGGAACGAUAGCCCAAAUUCCUUUAACGGUGAUUCCAAAACUGAAAGAAGAAGGAGUAGAAUAUCAUCAUCACCAUCGGCGGAUGAUAAAAUCAGAACGCACUGUAGAGCAAAUUGCAGCUGAUAUUCUUUCAGUAAAACAGAAAAGGCGCAAGCAUGGUAAGACAGACGAAUUUGAUCCAAGCCAGAAGACAGUCGUGCACCGCGAAAAGACAAUUUUUCAUCCUCCAUGGAUGAUUCCGGACCGUCCACCAAUCGCUUUGCCCAUUGCGCGUAGGAGAAAAAGGAAUAGAACGAGGGCAGAACGCGUCAAAAAACCACAACUAGAUCGAGGCAAUGGCUUGAGUAGUUCCGCAGCCACUUUUGUCUCUGGGAACAAGAUAAUACCAGCGUCUCUAUUCCCGAUUAUAAACACUUUAAAAGCGGCAGCGAGGGCUAAGGCAGCUGCAGGAGCCACUCCUCAGGAAGCGAGCAAGCAACUGGGUGUAAUGCUCCGCAACGCAAGACAGACAAUAGCUCAAACACUAGCCAAGGGAAGAAGCCAAAGUGGAAGAAAUUAUGGGAUAAUAAAAACUAUUGAUGAUAUAAAACGUUCUCAACCGAGCAAGGUGCAGCAGACGAUGCGGAGGCAGCCUAUUUUCAGCUUAAGCACCAUCAAAGCGAUUGAGGACCAGGAGGAAAAUUCAGCCAAUUUGGCUACAAACCAGCGUCGAGAUGACGAGGAGCAGAGAAAGCAAGGAGAUAAAGAUAAGUUGACGACAUCAUCCUCCAAAGUCAUUGCAAGCCAAGAUCAAGAAGGCCCCAACAUGUCUAGAUCACUGAUAGCUUUACCAAAGCGGCUGACUUCGGAUGAUACUCACGCAUCAGAUAGUCCUGAAAGGGAAAGGAAAGAAGGUAUAAGCACGAAAGUCGCUGCCACAACGCAGGUAUCAACAGUUGACCACUUUCAGCGCGACAAAGACAUUCAAACGGAAGAUGGCAAGCAAAGUAAUAGAAACGACACACAGCUUAAUAAUUCAGAGGGCGGAGACGAUCAAGUUGAUGCGAAUAUCACCAUAAAAGAAUUGCCAGUGGAAGAAAUCUCGGAUCAACACGCCCAACCGCCAUUAAAAAAACUCAAAGUUGCCACAAACAUCAAACUGGAAGAAGCAAUUAGGAUCCCCCCGAAAGAAGUUUCGAAUUCAAAUCUGUCAAAAGAGUUGCACUUCGCUACAGAUGAACUUCCUCCUGAAGUAAGAGCUGAAUUGACUAGAGCAAUAAAUGACAUAAUGAAACCUCAGGAAAAUCCACGCAAAAAGUACACAAAGAGAUCAACACCAGUCUUGAACCUCGAAGGUCUAGUGCCUCCCAGACCUGUUUCAAAAAUCGAACCUUUGAUUCCGAAGUCUGAAGCGCAGGCAGUUAAAAAGGAACAUCGUGCUGGCACGAACUUAACUCCCAAAAGCUCAGAGUCUCCAAUAUUGUCUAUUGGAAAGACAGAAACUCGCGCCAGAACUUCAGGAAGCAAGGCAGGCUCCGCGAAGCCUGCGCCUGGGUUUGAAGCCAAGUUUGAAUUCAGCAUCCCAACGAAAAACAUCAAAGGGGAAUCUCUACCAGUUAUUCCUAUUCUAAGAAGAGCUAAGAGUUACCUGAAUGCUGAAGAAUUAACCAAAUUGAAAAAGAGCAUGACAAAUGAGCGCAAGAGAAAAUGGCGUGAGGCGAACGCAAGUAAAAAUAAAGACCACGAUUUGCGGGCACGCCUGAGAAAAAGGGCAAACGCUCUGUUUGGCGACUGUGAAUCUGCAGCUAAAUCUGACUGGUUUACCCAGGAAUAUGCAAAGCGCUCCGUAAAGAUAGAGGCUGAACCGGAAAAGGGCUCUCAGGAACCAAUACAGGAAUUGAUUACUAGCAUCUCAGAUUUAGAGAUCUUGAACAUGAUUGCCUGCCUUUUCGAUAAAGAAAACGUAUCUCGUGCGAUUGAGAAAGAAAUUAACGAUGAGGCGAACAUGCUCAGACCCAGCAAAAAACCCUCAAAAAAGAAGGCAGGAGCACCUCCACAGAAGCCAGUGAAAAUAGAUACCACUGCCUCCGCAGCUGAUGAUGCGCAGCCUUCAAGUGCUCUGAGGAGUACGGGCCACGAUUUGAUGGAAGCCUCAAGUGAAUUAAUUGACCCAAUCUUCGCUCAGAUUGGGAAGCGCACAAGAGAUGAAAAACAAGAUUCUGAAGCAAAAGACAGCAAGCGUGCCAAGACUCAUAAAGUAUUGAAAGAAAAUUUACUGAAGAGACCUACUUAUCUAAACUCAGAGAACAAUGAAGAACCUUGA